AUGGCUACUUCGAUAGGCCCGGGCCCUCCUCCAUCGAUGGCCGAGACCACAGGAGAUCGUCUCAUAACGGUUCUUGUGGUUGUUGUGUUUUCCGCCAUCGUGUCGCUUUUGGUGCUCGGUUUGAGGAUAUGGUGUCGUUGGUCAAUACAAGCUGUCGGUUUGGAUGACUUUACUGCAAUAAUGUCUACAUUAUGCAUAAUGAUAUUUGGUUCCGGGAUACUUGCGUUAAUACCCCUCGGUCUCGGUGACCCAACGGGACAAAUACCGGCCGACAAGAUGGCCGAUUUCUACAAGGCAUAUUGUGCAUAUAUCGCAACCUUCUUCUACGGCCAAGCCCUUUUUUGGGCCAAGAUGUCUUUCGUACUACUUUAUUAUAGAAUCGUCUCGAUGUCUCACUGGAGAUGGACUUAUAUCGGUGCGAUGGUCUUUCUGGUCCUCUGGAAUAUCAGUGUCAUCUUGGUCUUCUUCCUGACCUGCAUUCCUAUGACAGCCAUCUGGAAUCCGGUAGUAAAAGGGAGAUGUGUAGACCAUAAGAUGGAACUCGGAUAUAUAUGCGCUGGAAUAAGCAUAUUUACCGAUUUAGCUGUCGCAGUCUUACCUUUGCCUUUCAUCUGGAAGCUGAAUCUUCGCCGUUCACAAAAGAUCGCCUUGUCUGCAGUCUUUCUGCUGGGCUGCUUCUCAAUAGCUUUAGCCAUUGUGAGGAUACGAUGGGCUAAUUUGUGGUCUACGUCAACAUGGGAUAUCGUUCGACCUCAACUCUGGGGUCUUGCAGAGAUUACAUCCGCGCUGAUAUGUGCCUGUGUACCUACGUUCAAGCCUCUGCUUGUCCGACUCAAUGCCAUGAGACCCCGUUGCCAGAGGACCGAGCAGACACCUGCUGUCCGACAUCAACGCAGCGACGACGAGAUGGGGUUGAACAUGGACACAGUGACAAAGGUUGCAAGUCAAAGUCAGGGGAGUUAUGAUGAAGAUCCCCAAAGGACAUUGAGGGCACAUUGGUACGGGACCAAUACAUAUAUCGAAGCCAAGCAGCAUCCGUGGAGGAAGUAG